AUAUGGAUUCCUCAAAUGCUACUCCCAAAAAGUUUCAGUGCAGCGACCCUGCAUGCAAGAGCCUUGGAGAGUACUUCUGCAGAACCCAUCAAAUGUUCACAUGCAAAGGCUGUGCAAACAAUAUGCAUUUCAAAUGCGAGCUCGUCAUAAUCCAAGAUCUCACCGAUAUCAGGAUCAAUGUGAUUGAGGUCAAAAGAUUUGUGAAGAGACUAUCCAAGCUCACAACAGAGAACGGUCUGGGAACAUAUGACUCUAAUAUUGGCGAUGUACUGAAAGAUUUUCAAGAUAGCCUCGUUGAGAUCGAAAAGAAAAUAAAAGAUGCAAUUACUCACGACCAUUACGAGCAAUUUGAUACUCUCCAGUCUCAGAUUAAACAGGUUCAAAUCCAGAUGUCCGACAGCAACUUCGUAAAAGAUAUUCUUUACUUUUCAACUUUAAGAGAUGCCAGCCUGUACAGUCUGCCCAAGAUCGAUGAUUACUUAUCAUCUCCUACCAAGGUAAAAAAGAAGAUUGAUGCUGUGAUCAAAGAAAAUGUGGAGCUGAUGGACAAGAAGUUCUACUCCAAAUCAAGGCAAUUUGAGCAACAGUGCAAGGCUAGACUUACAGAAGAAUUGAAAGACGAGAUCCAGAGCCUGAAAGAUCUGAAUGAUGCCAAGAAUACAGAGCUUGAGCAGUCGAGAAAGCAACACCUCGAAGAUCAGGCAGAGAUAUCCAAAAUUUGCGAAGAACUGAAAGAAAGCGAAUCUGAGCUUGAAGAAACGAAGGAAUACAUCAAAGGCUUAUACAAAAAUAUCUGUCCGGACUUCAACUCUGAAUCUAAAGAAUUAAAACUCGACAUGUCAAUAGAUAAAUCCAAGAACUUAGCCAAAGCAAUGGGAGCAUGCAAAUACUCUUUGGGAGAUAUGAACAGGCUCCAGAUUGAUAACAUCUCCAAUGAAGACCAUGUUCUUAAUGGCUUCCUUAAGAACUGCAGCCAGUCCUCCCUCAGACUACUUUCAUUUAACCACAGCUAUCUUGGAUCAAAAGGAAGUGAAGCUGUAAAGGUAAAGUUUUACGAGGAAGGCAUGCAAAAGCUGUUUGUCAAUGUCACCAAAGAGGUUUAUUUGAAAAACUUGAUAGUUGAUGCAAGCGACCUGAGCCAGAUUGUGAAGGCUUGUGUGAACUCUGAAAGGUUGAUUAUCCGUUAUAGCAAAAUUUCAACUUCAGGCUCUUUGGACUUCUCCACUCCGGCUCAGGCAAAACUCCAGUAUCUUAGUUUUUGCUAUUGUGGAGGCGACUGGUGCUCUGAAGGAUGGGACAAGUACCCAGCCAGAUUCGAGAAGAUUAUAGUGGCUAUUAAGAAUUGUUCUUUCAAGAACUCCCUCAACGCCAUUAGUGUUAUCGGCUGUAAGAUCUCAGUAUCUAAAAUAAAUGAACUGUUGGCUGCUCAUGACCUCUCCCACAUCAGUGCGGUUAGUGAACGAAACGAACCUCUGACAGAAUAA